AUUUUAAAAAAAAUGAGGAGAAACCCUUGGAGUUCGAGAACAGCAAUUUUAGAACAACUCCCGGGUCUUGCUUUACUAUGAGUAGCCCUACAGAACAAAAACCAAGUGAAAAUGCACCACCCCAACAUCUAUCUAAACAUGUUGGGGAGAAACCCUACAUGUGUGGAGAGUGUGGAUAUAGGGCAACUAAAAGAUCCCGCUUAUCCCAACACAUGAAAAUCCAUACAGGAGAAAAACCCUACAAUUGUGACCAGUGUGACUAUUCUGCAGCGAGAAAAUCCACUUUGGAUUGUCAUAUAGCAAAACACACAGAUGAAAAACCCUACAUGUGUGGUGAGUGUGGGUACAGGACAAAUUACAAACAUGUCUUAUCCGACCAUAUGAGAAUCCAUUCAGGAGAAAAACCGUACAAAUGUGACCAGUGUGACUAUUCUGCCACACUAAAAUCCACUUUGGAUCGUCAUAUAGCAAAACACACAGGUAAAAAACCCUUCAUAUGUGAGGAGUGUGGAUACAGGGCAGUUACAAAGUCUGAGUUAUCCCAUCAUAUAAGAACCCAUACAGGAGAAAAACCCUAUAACUGUGACCUGUGUGACUAUUCUGCAGCACAGAAAUCCACCUUAGAUGACCACAAAGCAAGGCACACAGGUGAGAAACCCUUCAUGUGUGCGGAGUGUGGAUACAGGACGACUCGAAAGUUUAACUUAUCCCUACAUAUGAGAAGGCAUACAGGAGAAAAACCCUAUAAGUGUGACAAGUGUGAUUAUUCUGCUCUACGAAAAUCCAACUUAGAUGACCAUAAAACAAAACACACCGGUGAAAAACCCUACAUGUGUGGGGAGUGCGGGCACAGAACGACUCGAAAGUCUUACCUAUCCGAUCAUAUGAGAACCCAUACAGGUGAAAUGUCUUCCAAGUGUGACCAGUUUGACUAUUCUGAAACAUUAAAGUCCACUUUGGAUCAACAUCUAGCAAAAGACAGUGGUGAAAAACCCUACGUAUGUUUGGUGUGUGGGUACAAGACAACUCAAAAGUGUCACUUUUCCCAACAUAUUACAACCCAUACAGGAGAAAAUCCCUACGAUAUAUGUGAGGAGUGUGGAUAUAUGGCAACUAACAAGUGUAACUUUUCCCGACACAUGAAAACCCACAAGGAAGAAAAAUCUUAUAACUGUCAUCUGUGUUGCUACUCAGCAACUAGAAAAAAUCAACUGUCUGCACAUUUGAGAAAACACAGGAAAGAGAGUGAAGUUAGCCAUACAGGAGAAAAACAUGGAGAAAGUGCGUCAGCCCAGCAUUCAACAAAACACAAUGACGAGAAACCCAGGAUGUGUGGGGAGUAUGGGCAGAGGGCUUCUAAAACGUCAGACUUAUCCCAAGUAAUGACAUCUCAUACUGAGGAAAAACCCAACAAGUGUGACCAACGUGAUUAUACAGCCUCGGUGGAAUCUAAUUUUGACCAACAUGGAACACAACACACCAGUGAGGAAUCCUACAUAUGUGAGGAGUGUGGGUACAAGGCAGCUACAAUGGAUGAUCUAUCCGACCAUAUAAGAACACACACAGAAGAAAGAUCUGACAAGAGUGACCAGCGUUCUGCAGCACUAAAAUCCUCAUCAAAGGACCAUAAAGCAACACACACCGGUGGGAAAUUCUACUUGUGCCUGAAGUGUGGGUACAGGACAGCUAACAAGUCUCACGUAAUUCGACAUAAUAGAAUUCAUACUGGAGAAAAGCCCUACAAGUGUAACCAGUGUGACUAUUCUGCAGCAGUGAAAUCUGCUUUAGACGUACAUCUAUUAAAACAUAAAGGUGAAAAACCCUACAUGUGUGGGGAGUGUGGAUACAGGACGGAACUAAAAUCUUACUUAACCCAACAUUUGAAAAUUCAUACAGGAGAAAAACCCUACUUGUGUGACAGGUGUGGCUAUUCUGCAACAAUGAAACAUACUUUGGUCCAACAUUUAAAAGAUCACACUGGGGAGAAACCCUACAUGUGUGGGGAGUGUGGGUACAGAACACCUCGCAAGUCUACCUUAACCCGACAUAUGAAAACCCAUACAAAGGAGAAAAAACCCGUACAAAGGAGAAAAACACGUGGGAAAGAAACUAAAUCUACAAAUGAGACAGAUGUACAGCCUACAACUUUGUUCUCUUGUGACAAGAAAGGUCAAAUGGAAGAGGAACCUCUGAAGAAGUGACCAUG